GCGGGAGCGGAGCUUCCCUAAAGAGCAUGGCUCCAGCAGGCGGGGUUCUCAAGCCCGGGUAGAUGCAGCAUCUGGUGUCGGCCCUGACUGAAUGAAUCGUCUGGUAUUGGAACCUGACAGUGGCGGCUCUUUGUGCAAACGUCUCUUGUUAUAAGUGUCACCUCCUGCUGUCAGAUUUCGUGUUAGAUCUCCACGUAUCAACAAGAACAAUUGAAUAGAUUAGACGACCCAUACGGUAGAAUCCUGCCACACAACUUAAACCCCUCACACCGCUUAACUUAUUAGACAGCUUCUCUUGUCUCUACACUACUACCUACCACCUGCUUUUUAUUCAAUCUCUCCCCGAAAAUCCCCGUCAAUAGGUCACAAUGGGAAGCAUACAAGUACCCGAGGGCACCUUUACAGCCCCGGCGCAGCAAGUUGUCCUCGAUGGUUUUCUCUUCGAUAUGGACGGCACCAUCAUAGACUCGACAAAAGCCAUUGAGAUGCACUGGGCAUCGGUUGGUAAAGAGAUUGGAGUGGAUCCGGAGCUCAUCUUGAAGACAUCGCACGGGCGCCGUAGCAUCGACACGCUCAAGAUAUAUUGCCCAGAAAAGGCAACCAUUGAGUACGCUUCAGAGAUGGAAGGCCGCCUACCCAAGCUGUACAGCAAAGAGGCAGAGGAGAUCCCCGGUGCCCGCUCGCUCCUCCAAUCCAUAAUCGCCACCAAGACUUCCCCCUGGGCCAUCGUGACGUCCGGGACGAAACCGCUCGUCGACGGCUGGCUUGAGGUUCUGAACCUGCCGCGGCCUGCGCACAUGAUCACCGCCGAGUCUGUCCAGAACGGCAAGCCUGAUCCCACGUGCUACCUCAUGGGCCUCGACGGGCUCGGCCUCCGCGAUCGGGCCGCCAACGUCCUCGUGCUGGAGGACAGCCCCGCCGGGAUCCUGGCCGGCAAGGCGGCCGGGUGCAAAGUGCUUGGGCUGGUAACUAGCCACACUGUCGAGCAGGUGGUGGAUGCCGGACCAGACUGGGUUGUCAAGGAUUUGACGUCUGUGAGGCUCGUCGGCGGUGCUGAGGAUGGAAGAGUUACCUUGGAGAUUGUGGAUGCACUGGAGUCGAAGUAACUUAGACGAGCAUAGCUCUGCUCAAGUUCACCUAGGCACUCAUCUCUAUUAAUCGUUGAAAUUCAUUGCAAAGCGGGUAGAUAGAGUUAUCGAUGGUUUAGAACUGGGACUCAAACCUCUACUUUAGAUGAUUGAAAGAGUGCCC